AAGUGAAAGAUGGCAAUGGGGAUAUCAAGCUCGCCUGUUACGGAUUUUGAUUUCAGCAGUGCUCCAUCAUCUCCUGUGUGGACUUCUCCUUGUACGCCAAGACGAUUGGGCGAUUGUUUCAUCAGUGCCCCGUCGAGUCCCACGCAGUUGUUCAAUCAAUAUGAUGGGGAGAGCAGCAUGCCAAAGUCACCAAGAACAACGACGAGAAACCAUGGUGAUGAUGAAGGAGAUGGUUUCACUUUUGAUUUCAGUGUUGACUUGGAGAAAACAUCUCGGCCAGCUGAAGAACUCUUCGAUGGUGGUAAAAUCAAGCCAUUGAAGCCUCCACCUCGGUUAAAGGUCGAUGAUUUUAACCAGAAAAGCCCGCGUUUCUUGUCGCCGAAAUCGCCAUUUUCUCAAGGCAAAAAACUCAUCCGUGAAGCUUUUUCACCCAGAAAACAAAAGGUUGAUCUUGACCGAGACCCUUUCGCAACUGCCAUAGAAACCAGUCGAAACAAUCGAGAGCAUGGAAGAGGUAGAGAAAAGGUUCAAGAUUUCACAUUAAGGAAUUCAAGCCGUCGAGCUACAAGAUCGCUUUCUCCUUACAGAGUCUCCGAGUAUCGAUGGGAAGAAGAAGAGAGAAAAAAGAAACAUGAACCCACAACUUCCUCAAAAGGGUCUUCCAGAAAAUGGAGAUUAAGAGAUUUGCUGUUGUUUCGAAACGCUUCCGAGGGACGUGCAAGUGAUAAGGAUCCAUUAAGGAAGUAUUCAGCGAGUUUUUUCAAGAAACCUGAAGAGAACAAGAAUUCAGGUGCAUGUAGAAGAAAAGUGUCGGUUCAUGAGCUACAUUAAACAACGAAAAUAGCAGUAUCUGAGAACAUGAAGAAGAAGAAAACUUUCUUUCCAUACAAACAGGGUAUUCUGGGAAGACUAGUAGCGUUCAAUCCCCUUUCCAACGAAUUCGGAAAAUAAUCUGUCAAUCAUCUCAAAAUUA